AUGCUCUCCUGUACGGCUAUUCAGAAAUUAGAGCGGUAUGGACAGCUCGCACUAAAGCGAAAUUCUGUUGAAAACUUUGUGCUCUCCUCUCUUAGCGACCCGAAACGUGCAAAUGUCUACGCGCUCACACAUGUAGAAACGUGGAAAGAAUGCCUACACGCCCUCUCCCCGAAAAGGCCUUCAACCCAUCUCGAAGAAAAGAAUUUCGUCAACGAAAAAGACAAAGACGAGGAGAAUGGGGAAGUCUUAGAAGAAGAAAAAUUCAUCUCUUCAUCCUCGCCUGUGCUCAUAACGGAUUCGUUAGUCUACGCUAUUAGCUUCACAGUGUCUCUCCUGAGCUAUCACCUCUACACCUCCCUACAAAAAGGACGAGGAAUUUCAACGGAAAAAAUACUCGAGGAGAAAAAUAACACCGCGAAUAAGGAGCUUUAUGUCUUCAGUCCCGCCGAUUUCUCCGUCGAGGCGGCUUUUUUGCAUGUGGAGGAGCUUUUCACACUUCUUGAAAACAUUGUGAGUUGUAUAGUCCAGCAGAGCGUCUUUUCCUCCUUGACAACAGGAGAAGCCGUUGGGGCGUGGGUGAGCUCUCGCCAUGCGCGCGUCCGCAUGCAUUUUUCGCAUUCCUUCACGGAAUCCUGGGCGCAUUUAUUCUCCAAUACCAUUAGCUUCCUAUGCUUUGUCCUCGCUUUCCAAUCACAAAGUCAAUUAGAGGAUUCAACACCGUCGAAUUUGUUAAAGAACAAAGUUAGCGUCUUUUAUGAUAAGACUCUCGUGUUGUUGGAAGGAACUUCUCGUCAGCUCCGGCGUUGUUUGGCGUGCUGCCCUUUUUCCUCUUCCAAUGGGACGCAUCCGAUUCUAAAAUCCCUCUUUUACAGCCGUCCCUGUGCGGUACUUCUCAGACAGCAAAUUAAAAAUUGGACAUCGUUGACCUACCCCGGGAAGAUGAGCGCGGAAAAGGUUUUGGAAAGUGGUGCUCUUUCAAAAGGAGCGAAAACCAAGGAUACAUAUGAGCAGAAGGCAGGUUUUAGUCAUGGCGAUUCCUCUACUUUAUCUUCUGGAAAAAUCAGUCCUCCUGUAAAAAGAAAACAACCACCUUUGCAAUGCCCAAUGCUGCGUUUACUUUUCGAUUUUAUUUGGGUAAAUAUGGAGAGUGUGGAGGCUAACCGGAAUGUGGAAGGUGGUGGUGCGAAAAUCUCCAGCGUAUAUAGUAUGCUGGAGAAGAUUCCGUUAUUUCAAAAAAUCUCCAUCCUUUAUGCGGUUUUAGGAGAAAUGCCUACCGCUUGUGUGCGCACUAGGGCCAAAGGCGAAGACCGAAACGAGGAAUUACUAUUUGAAAUGGAUUUAGGUCAACACGAGGAGACGGUUCGGGGAUUAUUGCGGGAUCUUCUCGCUUCGAAGGCGUGCAAUCGGGAGACCCGUUAUGUGAUUUACUAUCGUGGGGACGAUACAAAGCUGAUGUUGAGCAAUGUCCGAGAAGCGUCGGAAUACGCCUUGCACACCUUCACCACGACCCCCCCUACCGAGAGCGCCUUAUUGCACGACCUCCUCGAACUCGUUCGAGAUGACGCUUCGGUGGAUUUGGAGGCGACGAAUACGAUGCGUCCUUCUCCGUCCUGGCGAAAUCGUCAGGAAGUGGGGCUGGCCUUUACCCUUGCGCAGUGGAUGGUGAGUCUGCCGCUCUUUUUCGAGAGUUUUUGCGCCGACCCCGAGUGGACGGUCUUCGCAGAGGCGCAGCAGGGGAUCGCCCGACGGCGAAACGCCUCGGUGCGAACCGACCUUCGCCGACCCCAACCCGCCCACGCGGGCGAUCCCGCGCGGCCGGAGGCCCCUUCAGGCCAAACCUCCCCCCUGCUUUCCUACGCCGACUCCUUUGCGAGCGCCCGGGCCUCGCAGCUCUCGACGCUCUCCCGCCCCUCCCUCGACUCCUACCGCGCCUUUCUGUCUGUUCUCCCUCCCACGACAGGGGGGGGAGCCCCGCACCAAACCACCUUCAGCAGUGCCCACAAUACAACUAACACCGGCCCUAGCGCGAACGACCACGAUCCCCAGCAUCCCAGUCAUUGUCGCAAUUGUAACAAAUCUCCCAGUAAUUCUCACAGUAAUUCUCACAGUAGCAAUUCCAGUGAUUGUGACAACCGUUACAAUUCCGAUUCCUCUUACGAUCCCAGUAGUUAUGACACCUGUGACAACCCGAACGAUCCCAGUGAUUCCCGCCAUUCUCACGCGAGUAGCAAUCCCCCGUAUCCCGCGAAUUCCCACAAUGGGGAGGAUGGGGCGAACACGGAAAGGGGGCCCUCCGGGGAUGACAAUUCGAACCUCCCGCUGAUUCUGCUGGAGGAGCUCGUCCUCGGGCUGGGCGGGUGGAUGGCGGUGGCCCCGGCCGGGCUGCUCGACCGCCACGGCCUGCGCGCGAUCGGCUGGGGGGCCAUCGCGGGCCUCCUCGGCCUGCUCGCCCCUUCGACGAAGGAAGCGAGCGUCGGGGGGAUUUUUCACCUCUCGCAGGAUAUUCGUUAUAAUCACGGCCUCGGCUACGAGUGUCUGGGGAUGAUCUUCGCAAAGGUCAUUGCGCCGGAGUUGGAGAUGCGAAUACGAUCCCAACACGAAGGCGACGGGGAGGCUAAUUCGACGUUGUUGGCUAUCGAGGGGAAUAAGGGCUCUCAGCGUGGGAACGGCAAGCAUCAAGGGAUGAUUGGUCCUGGUGAAACAUCGUCCUCGGGGUUCGUUUUACCUUCUACGCAUCAUUCUCGCAAUAAAAAUGAUUAUUCUCCCGAGAAGAAUGAUUCGAAUUAUGUGGUAGAAUUAUUGGAAAAGAAGAAGGUGGUUGAAAAGGCCAUUUCACGAUGUCUGGCAGCGUACGAAACCAUCGCUCCGCAGGUGGUGGAUAUGAAGCUCCCGGUGAUCCUACGCAUGAUCGCCUUCGCCGUCACCACGGGAAAGACCGAAUUUUCCUCUUUCCAUGAAAUCCAUAACACGAAAGACAAAUCAAAAAACACUGCCAUUGUUAGAUUUGAUGGAGCCAAUCAUACUAAAUCGUUGCCAACCAAUAUACAUUCUUCCUCGUUGUUGAUGUUGUACAAUUUCUUCGCGAGCGUGGUGCGGCGUUUAGGGAGGAGCAAUAAACUUACUUUCCUGUUCGACGCCCUCACCACCUCAUCAGUCUCCGAGCAUUUGCAAACCCACCUCACGGGGGAGGUUCAAACCGGAUCGAUUAAUCCAAAAGCGAAUACCCGGUGGAAUGAAAAUACGUAUAUCUAUGAAAGCAACCUAAGCGUGUCCGCACUUCAUCGCAUGUGCAGUUAUCCCGCCAUCCGGGAGGCUGUGAUUCGCGCGUGUAUGGAUUCACUGGAUCCGGAAAACCUACUUUCGUAUUUGCUUGAUCUCAUACGUGAUUGGGCGGCCCUCGACGAUGAUGAAAAUAAAAAACGUGACGCGAAGAAUUCGGUCCAAUUGACAACGCGCUUUACGGUGGAAAGGGUUUUAUUUUAUCUGCAGCUCGUCUCGACGAUCUUAGAGGGGGUCGUACCCACUUCCAUCACAAGCAGUAGUAUCUUGGAGAAGGCCGCUGAGGCGGAGAUGCUUCUGAUUGCAUUUGCCCACUGCCGCUUAGGUGAAACUAACACGAUGCAUAAUAAUCCCAACGGCGAAGACGAGGAAAGGGUUAAAAAUGAGGAAGAAACGGAUGAAUUUUGGGAAAGUGGCCCUCCGAUGCGGCCGAAGCAGCGGCAUCUCCUUUGGUUGUACACGUUAUACGCGAUUUACCAAUGCCGGCGGCUGAUGCGCGCCUGUAUACAGGACCUUGGCAUGCGCAACACGAUCGACUACGUCGACGUCCUCGAGCAAACGCUGUGGAAGGUCACCUCAAAGGUGGAGAAUGUUGUCGGAAGCUGGGAAAUCGGCGAUUUGGAAGAAAAAAUGAGUCGAAAAACGCACAUGCCGUAUCCUCCUUUCGCGCAUGUGGGCGUGAUGUUGCCGCAGCUCGUGCUCGAGCGCCUGACGCUUGCGCGGGCGGUCGAGACGCUUUUAGCGCGCCCCAUAAGCUCCACGAAGGAGGCCCGAAAACUCGCGGAGUACGUCCUUCACGCGAUUGAGCCUCCAACCGAUGACGAUGAGGCCAAUAACACUUCCGGCGACGUGGGACGCCGGAGGCAGGACUUCAAGACCCAACUCCGAUGUCUUCACCUCGCAAACGGCAUCACCGAGGCGGAGUGGAGCAGCCUCGCCCACUUCGCCAAGCCGAAGCGCAUGCGAUUGUGUUUAGUCCCGCUUCUCCGCGUGACCUUUUCUCUUGCGUAUUCCCCCUCUGAGGAGGAAGGGCCGGAGGCGAUGGAAAGGUUCUUAAAAAAUACAACCUCGGAGGCAUUAUUAACCACGCCGCUAUGGCUAACGCGGUGUCUACGCGCCUCGGGCGGUAUCGUCGUCCGCGCCGUAAUCGACGUAAUCCGCGCCGUUUCCGCGGCGGAGAUUCGCGCCUACGUUCGCGGAGGCCAUGAAACGACUCCCAACCACGACCCGGAGGCCGCUUCCGCGGCCCCUACGCGUCUUACCAACCCCGAAACGAAAUCCCAAACGCGUCUAAUGCAUCUCCCGAUCAUGCUUCGCGCGAUGCGGUAUAUUUAUCAUCGCACCGGCCAUAUGAUCUACUGGCCCCUCCUCCUGCAGAGCGCGAUUGCGUGGUUGAUGGUGCUUUUGGCGAAUCCCCACGACCCUUCGCAGCCCCCACGGCCGCCAUCCGAGAAAUCGGAAAGGCAAAAUCGAACCAACGCCUCGAAAGAAGAAAAGGAAACGCACGCGAUGCGGGCGAUUCUCCUUCGGGAAGUGCUCGAGCUGUUUUGGUGUUGUGUGCGGUAUGAGCCGCAGGGGGCGGAGGUGCUGCGCCGGAGUUUGGUCCAUCUCGACCAAAUCGAAAGGCCAACUUCGAACGAACCCGUGCCGGCGAGGCCGUCCGGGAAAGGCUUGAGCCCCGCGUACGUCGCGCAGGUCGGCGUCUUUUUAUCCUCCCCUGCCGACCUCCAACCACGGCCCGCGGGGGAGCCGGACGACCCCGCCCUUCUUCUGCGCGACUUCUGCUUCGAGGAGGAGAUCCGCGAGGUGAGCCGGCGGGUUUUUUCCGCCGCAUUCGCCAACGCCCUGCUGGGGUGGGCGCUGCCGAGCGAUCCGGCGGCGAUGGAAGGGGCUGGCGAGGCGGGUUCCUCCUCUUUUUCCUCUUCCUUCUUGUUCUCGACCCCGAUGCGUAGUCGGGCGAGCGGGAUGCGGGUUUUGGCCUAUUUAUACGCGACCGCGCUUGCGGCCCUACAGGCGAUGUGGCGGGAGCGGCGGGUGGCCGAGGCCGAGGCGCUCUCGCGGACGACCGCCGGGGGCUUUCUCUUGGGCGUCGCCAACGCCAUCGCCGCGCGGGUUCACGGGGCGUUGUCCGUCGGCUUUUCGUUCCCGGUGAAAAGCCGCCCGUCGCGCGGGGCGUUUGGCGCUUUUCUCGACGCCCUCCGCGGGGAUUCGGCCCGGGCGGCGACGUGGCUGGUGCCGCUGGCCCUGAAGGCCCCGAUCGCGGCGGAGUUGGAGCGCGUCUGGACGGGGGUUCUCCAGCACCACGUCGGCUGGCUGCUUGGCGUGCUGGAGAGCCCCGGCGUGGCGGAGUCCCCGGCCGAUUUCGCGGCGGUGGCGGCCUCCGCGACGAGGACGACCGCGGGGGAUUCGCGGCUUCCCCGAAGUUCCACCGUCGAAUCCCCGGAGCCGUCGGCCCUGCGCGCGGUGUGUGGCGACUUCACGCAGUUGUACGCGAACCUCCACGCGAGCUGGUCCAGGCGCGGCCCCCCCCCGCAAACACGCGCGGACGGACCCCCCCCCGAAAGGACCCGCCGACGAGGCGGAAACGGAAAGGGAAGCCGCCGAAGGGGCGGAUUUCGCUCCAGAACCGGCGGCGCCCCCCGAAUCGUCGGCCUUCGCGCCCCCUCCGAGCCGACGACGGCCGCGGCCGCCCUCUGCGGCCGCGGGCCCCCAUCCCUUCCCCUUCCACCUCCGCGCCUAUCCUCCGGACGGCGACGACGCGGCGGAAAACCCGAUUCUUCGCCGCCUGAACGUUUUCUUCGCCCCGGCGCAAAAUCCAGCCGCCGGGGUGGCGCCAGGCGGGGGAUUUCUCGCCGCCGCGUGGCGCCGCUUCCGCCAAGGGCGGGCCCCGGGGAUGAUGGCGUUUUGCCUGCUCGCCAGUCUGCCCAACGCCCCCGACGCGACGAAAAACGCGGCCGCGGUGGCCGAUUUCCUCCCAGGGCGGCCUCACGCGGGCACGGACGGGGCUGA